UGAGUUCCCCACUGGCUGCUCUGAAAAGCCAUCUUUGCAUUGUUCCCGUCUCCGGCUUCCCUGAUCGCCGCAGCCACCUCCGCCGCGCGCCAUCUCCGCCGCCGCGGACUCCGGCAGCUUUACCGCCAGAGUCCUCGAACUCCCGCUUUUCUUCUCAGUCCGUUGCAUCGGAUCACCGGAGUGCCCCAUCAUGUCAGACGCGGCCGUGGACACCAGCUCCGAGAUCACCACCAAGGACUUAAAGGAGAAGAAGGAAGUUGUGGAGGAGGCGGAGAAUGGGAGAGAGGCACCUGCAAAUGGGAAUGCUGAGAAUGAGGAAAAUGGGGAGCAGGAGGCAGACAACGAGGUAGACGAAGAAGAGGAGGAAGGUGGGGAGGAAGAGGAGGAGGAGGAGGAAGGUGACGGUGAGGAAGAGGACGGAGAUGAAGAUGAGGAGGCUGAGGCAGCUACGGGCAAACGGGCAGCUGAAGAUGAUGAGGAUGACGAUGUGGAUACCAAGAAGCAGAAGACUGAUGAGGAUGACUAGACAGCAAAAAAGGAAAAGUUAAACUAAAAAAAAAAAAAAAAAAGGCCGCCGUGACCUAUUCACCCUCCACUUCCCGUCUCAGAAUCUAUAAACGUGGUCACCUUCGAGUAGAGAGUCCCGCCCGCCCGCCCCUGGCGGGCAGCGCCACCCACAGAUGACAGCGCUCUCCACCACCCAACCAAAACCACAACGUGAAUUUGCAACAGGGGAGGAAAAAAGAACCAAAACUUCUAAGGCCCUGCUUUUUUUCUUAAAGUACUUUAAAAAGGAAAAUUUGUUUGUAUUUUUUAUUUACAUUUUAUAUUUUUGUACAUAUUGUUAGGGGUCAGCCAUUUUUAAUGAUCUCGGAUGACCAAACCAGCCUUCGGAGCGUUCUCUGUCCUACUCUGACUUUACUUGUGGUGUGACCAUGUUCAUUAUAAUCUCAAAGGAGAAAAAAAACCUUGUAAAAAAAGCAAAAACAACAACAACAAAAAACAAUCUUAUUCCGAGCAUUCCAGUAACUUUUUUUGUGUAUGUACUUAGCUGUACUAUAAGUAGUUGGUUUGUAUGAGAUGGUUAAAAAGGCCAAAGAUAAAAGGUUUCUUUUUUUCCUUUUUUUGUCUAUGAAGUUGCUGUUUAUUUUUUUGGCCUGUUUGAUGUAUGUGUGAAACAAUGUUGUCCAACAAUAAACCGGAAUUUUAUUUUGCUGAGUUGUUCUAACAAA